AUGAGUACUUAUCAGUCGAGGAAUGAAAACACCCAGUCAAAGAUUGGGGCUGGCGUAGACCGUCAAACUUGUUUCAUAUGUCGAUUUAUUUAUGUCGUCGCUUUAAAAUCCAACAAACUCUUCACUUUUUGUGGUUUUUCGCGAAUUCUUACUUACUUGAAAAUGAAUUUAGUUAGAUACGAGAUCCCAGAUUCAUAUGACGAACCUCUGUUACCGGAUAGUGCCAAACCCACGAUGCGCAGUAUUAGUUCGACUUACAGCAUUGAGAUCCCUCGUACGCCUAAAUCCUGUAUCUCUAGGACUCAAUUUGAACCCAUCUAACUUUUCCAACGAGACAAUAACUCAUACACAUUUGAGAACACACCCAGAAACCAACCUUUCCCAGGAACAUCUAAUAAUCGCAUCAAAAUCACGCACAAGGGCGGUUCCGCCAGAGUUCCUGCACAAUCAACGUGGGGGAGCGUUAGCAUAAUGCCUUUGGAGAAGUCGACGAAGAGAAGGACACGCAAUUUCUAUCUGGAUCUGCCUGACUAUCGGGAGGUUCAGUCUCCUCUUCAAACAAGACCCACGUAAGUGUUGACACUGAAAACCGAGCCGAUUCGUCAAUGCUAGACAAUGCGAUCCAGGAACAAUUCAUGUUUACUGUGUAUGACACAGAGAGCUCAAACCACGAAGGGAAACUGGAUGGCUUCACUAGUGUUUUAGUGGACCAAUUCCGCUGGAAAGAAUCAACGGAGAAGAUCCAGGAACUCUACACCAGGUCCACGGGAUGGUUCAACUCAUACCCGGAGACACAAGUUCAACGGAACGUAGCCGCAAAUUGAAAGAGCGACAUAUUCUACGCAGUGCGCAUGUUAUUCCAGACUACAUUCAGCGAGGGAGAGGAAGAAAAAUGACACAUUUUAUUUACCAGUACGUCGAUGGGCAGCAAUACAACUCUCUCUCUCGUAGAGAUUGGUCAUCUCAUACGUAUGAUAAGGCAGAGACAGUGUGUAACCGAUGGAAAGCUGCAGAAAUGACUGAAGAACAAGAAGGUGUUAGGAUGGCGCGUGGUAGGGACGAAGAGGACGAAUCAGUCGAAGAAUACUCAGAGGAACAUAGUGAACAAAACAACGAAAAUGAACUACAACCCAGCAUUGAAGGGGAAUACGAAAGCGACGAAGAACAGGACUCAAUUGACGACGAAGGAAAUCGUAGUGAGUAA